AUGGUUCCUUUGACGCCGUCGGUCGUCGACUCGGAGGAGGGCGUCAUUGUCGACGGAUAUUCCGGCUAUUCCGCUCCCACGACUCCGGACGGCAGCAUGUGCUUCAGUCCCAUCUCAGCCGAAGACGGCUCGGCGAAUCUGACCGCCAAGGUACGGUCCAAUGGCAGAUCGCUGACAUCGGCGCUGUUCAACACCACGACCCGUACCCCGCCGGUUCGCAACAUCUGCUGUGUCGGCGCUGGCUAUGUCGGGGGGCCUACGGCAGCCGUCGUCGCGUUCCAAAACCCGCACAUCCGAGUCACCGUGGUCGACAGGGACGAAACGCGGAUCAGGCGGUGGAACUCACAGCACCCGCCCAUAUACGAGCCCGGUCUCAACGACAUCCUUCGCGUGGCGCGAGACGGUGCAAAGGAAUGCGUCGUCCUAAACAAGUCGGAGGAGACGAAUACUCUCGACUCCGACGACGCCCCGAACUCGUCAUCGGACGGCGACAGCGAAAGAAACGGCCAUGUUAGGGGGACCACCACCGUCGGUACCAGACAACCGAACCUGUUCUUCUCGACGGAUGUUGCGAGGUGUAUUGGUGAAGCCGAUGUUGUCCUUGUUGCCGUCAAUACUCCGACCAAGACUCGGGGUGCCGGCGCCGGCUCCGCUACAGACAUGACGGCAUUCGAGGCUGUGACAGCAGUCGUUGCCCAGUACGCCCGUCCAGGCGCGAUCAUUGUCGAGAAGUCAACUGUGCCCUGCCGCACUGCUCAACUUGUGCAGGACACUCUCGCGCUUCACCGGCCGAAUGUCCACUUUGAAGUCCUCAGCAACCCAGAGUUCCUCGCCGCCGGCACUGCCAUCAAGGACCUCCUCAGCCCCGACCGUAUCCUGAUUGGAUCGAGUUCAACUCCGGCUGGCCACCGGGCGGCCGCGGCCCUGGCGUCCGUCUAUGCCAGCUGGAUCCCCCAGUCGCGCAUCAUCACGACCAACGUCUUCAGCUCCGAACUAGCCAAGCUAGUCGCAAACUCGAUGCUCGCGCAGCGCAUCAGCAGCAUCAACUCCAUUGCGGCAGUGUGCGAUGCGACGGGCGCCGACGUGGACGAGGUAGCAUCGGCAAUCGGCUCCGAUCCGCGUAUCGGCAGCAAGUUCCUUAAGGCCGGCAUCGGCUUUGGCGGAAGCUGCUUCAAGAAGGAUGUCUUGAGCUUGGUGUAUCUGGCCGAGACUCUGAUCCUGCCCGAAGUUGCCGAGUACUGGCGGGCCGUCAUCAUGAUGAACGAGUACGCCAGAAACCGGUUCGUUUCGCGGGUCGUGAGGUGUCUCAACAACACGCUCGUCGGGAAGAAGGUCACUGUGUUCGGAUAUGCGUUCAAGAAGGACACCAACGAUACGCGCGAGUCUCCCGCACUCGACAUCAUCAGGACUCUGUCUGAGGAAGGGCCCCGAGAGAUUGCCAUCUACGACCCGUGCUGCAUUCCCGCACAAAUGACCGACGAGAUCAGCCGAUUCGUGGGCCCGGGCUUCCUGAAGGUCAACGGAGGGCCCGUCUCUGUCUACGGAGACGCCUAUGCGGCCUGCGAGGGCUCUGACGCCGUGAUGAUCACAACCGAGUUUGACGAGUUCAAGAACACGGUGACCUCGCCGGCCUCGGGAGCUGCAUCAGCGCCCGCACGACCAAAGGCUUUGCCCGUUGACCCGCGGCCAUUUGAGCAGGAUGAGCCUUCGGAGAACGAUUUGCUCGCUCUCCAGACGUUCCUCCAGCGGUCAGCCACUGCGAGUGCGCCAAAGUCUUUCCUGUCGGAUCCCCUGAACCGCUUCAACCUCGUGCCAGACUGCGACGGAGACUGCCCCGACUGUCACCUCGAGAAGGCCACGGGCACCACGGGCUACGGCGCAAACGAGGCAUAUGUGCCUAAGGCGCGGCUCGACUGGAGGAAGAUCUACGGCCACAUGCGGAGGCCGCACUGGGUGUUUGACGGCCGCGGCGUGCUCGACAUCACGGAGAUGGAGAGGCUGGGGUUCCGCGUCGAGAGCGUCGGCCGCCAGAGCCGGUUCUAA